CGACCUGUGACCUCGAAGGUCGAGGAGAGAGCGCGUUGACGGUAGCUGGUUCCACAUUUCGAAGUGCUGGCGACUGCUACAGAGCGAUGGCUGCGAAUAGUUAGAGGGGUUCUCUCCAUAUUUUAUGACUGGAUAAAGGCAUGGCUUACGCAUUGGAUAAUUUCAAUCAAUAUAGCAAACAAAAUAUCGGUUUGCUUCGCAAAGGCAGGGUCACAAUGUCAGGCAUUGGACACAGAGAAAAUUUGGGCUGCACUGUAGUCACUGAGUACCUGUCCACCUGGCAAGCCAUGGGCCUGGAACUGGUGCUUACUUUCAUCGUGGCUUUCACAAUGUGUGCAACAGCUGAUCCGAAUAGAAAGUCUCUAGGAAGCGAUGCACUUGCAGUGGGGCUGGCAUACCUAGUGUGUUCUUUGAUUGCUCUUCCUGCAACUGGAGCCUCAAUGAAUCCUGCAAGAUCACUGGGGCCAGCGUUCGUAAUGAACACUUGGACCAACCAUUGGGUGUAUUGGAGUGGUCCUGUAUUAGGUGGGUUACUUGCGGGCCUAAUUUAUGAAUACAUUUUCGACUCGCCUAAAAAGAUACUUCCAACUAUAAAGGAAAGAGAUGAUUCAGAAAGAGAUAUAUCAGAUAUCAAAGAUGAAACUGAUAGCAAGUCCUCCACUGUGAUAUCUCCAAGGGCCCAAAUGCCUCAGAUGCAGAUUCAACAUCAGAUUCCUUCUGGUGGACCCUUUUAUAGACCAUUGACACCCCACGAGGGAUCUACGAUGAGGCCUCAUUCGAGGAGCACCUAUACGAAUCCUAAAUACGUUGCCACACCUGGAAGUAGUAGUUCUCACCAGCACAUGCAACCUGCUGCAUAUUACAGUUCUCUACCAAGAAACAGUGCCUACAGAACAUGGAAUGAGUAUGGAACAUCUGGUCACUUCAAGUUUUAAAUGUGUUCAAGACAGUGAUUAACAUAAUCACCCUUGUAAGACUGACGCAUUUACAUAAAGUUAUAAAACAAA